UCCCUUUGCAAUUCUGCGUACGUGUCUUAUAACGGUUGGUUCCCACGACGUGCCGUGCAUUGAGUGGUAUAGGCGAUGAUUUUUAAUUGCGAGGAGUAUAUAUAUAAGGAGAGGGCCGACCAGUGAGCCCACUCCAACUCCAUUCCCUCUUCCGAAAUUCAAUCUCCCUCCGAUGGAUUCUAGAAGCUCCACGUCUUCGGCUGCCGACGCCUCUCAGUCACCGCGCGCGUGGCCAAAGAAGGAACCUCGCAGCGACGACCCGUUCCCCUUGGUUUCUUUCUCCUUCCAAUCGGGCGACGGAGGUGACGGCGGUGAGGAAAUCCCUCAGCCUCUCGAGGCGCUGCGGACCGCCCCUAUUCCUCCUUUCCUAUCCAAGACCUAUGAACUCGUCGACGACCCCGCCUUCGACGCCAUCCUUUCCUGGUCCCCCGCCGGGCGGAGCUUCGUGGUGUGGGACCCCGUCGAGUUCGCCUGCACCGUCCUUCCCGGGCACUUCAAGCACAACAACUUCUCUAGCUUCGUCCGCCAGCUCAACACUUAUGGUUUCCACAAGAUUGAUGCUGAUAGAUGGGAGUUUGCGAAUGAAUCCUUUACGAAAGGAAAGAAAUAUUUGUUAAGAAACAUAAACAGGCGUAGGUCGUAUCCAGCACACCAUUUGCAUAUUCAAAUAGGUUCAUCAAUGGAAAUGGCGAAGAAGGAUAGAUUGGUCGGUGAAAUUGACAUGCUCAGGAAUGAUAAGAGAGCACUGCUGCAAGAGAUUGCGAGUUUGCAGAAUGAAAAUCGAACUACAAUUCAACUGAUGAAUUCGGUGAAUCAGAGAGUGCAAUCAGCAGAGACGAGGCAGAAACAGAUGAUCUCCUUCUUAGCACAUUCGCUCUUCAAGGAACACAAUGACAAUGGUACCGCGUCUUCAAGGGCAAGAAGAAAGUUCCUUAAGCACACUCGCUCCAGCAGCACCGCUUCAAUUGGAUUCAUGGAUUCGGGCGCAAGCAAUAGGCAUUGCACUGCAGAUGCUUCAUCGUCUCCUCCUACAUUGGACAGCACUGAAGAACAUGUGCUGAGCAAAGAAAAUCCUGAUAAUAUUUUGUCCGGUUCGAUUGAAAAACUUGAACUUCAUGCAAGCGAGAAAAGUCUUACUGAUUGCCUGGAUCAAGUUCAAGACGACACAUUAGCUCCAUUUUUUCUUGAUACCAACAUAGUAGUGCCUUCAAAUCCUGAUACCGCCAUCGCAAGUGUUUCUGACCAUCUUUUUGCAUUCACUGAAGGAGAUCUUCCAGUUUCGAAUGCCAUUAUUGACCAAGAAGAAGUGUGGAAAGCAAUCACUGAAGCUGGACCAAGAUCAUUGGGUUAUGGAGGCGGCGAAGCGUGGUAUGACACUGAUCAAGAUUCCAACAUGUUUGAUACUGCCACUCGAUUCGACGAGCCCUGGGAUCUUGAUUUACAGAAUUUCAAUCAGGGAUUUGGCGACGGAAACAUUGUCGGCUUUGUAGAUCGAUUGGCAGCAUCAAAAGAUGACACUUAUAUAUGACCCUUGUUGCUCCACCAUAUGAUUAGUAUGGAUGGUCAUGUUAUUUUCGUUGUUCAUGUGAAACAAUGCUUUGUCUUUUUUUAUUUCUCCCUUCAUUUGAUUAA